AAGGGCAAUACUUAUUCCAAAUUUGUAGAGUUGUCAUUUUUAAAAGACGGACAUAGCAAGAAGGAGAAAGAAGAAGACGGCAUGGAAGAACCAGAACAAGCUCCUCUGCUAACAAAAGACCUGACCAGUCCAUCAUCAUCAUCAUGUGGACCGAGAGGAACAAAGGAUCUCUGCUUCGCCGGAGGAAUCUCCGGCUCCGGCGAGGAAGAGAACUCUCCAAUCCGACAAGUGGCUCUCACGGUUCCGACAACAGAUGAUCCAUCUUUGCCGGUUCUGACGUUCAGGAUGUGGGUAUUGGGAACAGUGUCGUGCGUAGUGCUGUCCUUCCUGAACCAGUUCUUCUGGUACAGAACAGAGCCUCUCACCAUCUCCGCCAUCUCUGCUCAGAUCGCCGUCGUCCCUCUCGGCCGUCUCAUGGCGGCGAAGCUCUCCGACAAGGUUUUCCUCAGAGGCUCCAAAUGGGAAUUUUCUCUCAACCCUGGUCCGUUCAACGUGAAAGAACAUGUUUUGAUCACCAUUUUCGCCAACGCCGGAGCUGGUUCUGUUUACGCGAUACACGUCGUCACUGUUGUGAAGGCAUUUUACAUGAAAAACAUCACGUUUUUCGUCUCUUUGAUCGUUAUCAUCACGACCCAGGUGUUGGGGUUUGGAUGGGCGGGAAUAUUCCGGAGGUACCUAGUUGAACCGGCGGCGAUGUGGUGGCCGUCGAAUCUUGUUCAGGUCUCAUUAUUCAGGGCAUUGCACGAGAAGGAAGAACGGACGAAAGGAGGACUGACACGUACGCAGUUCUUCCUGAUCGCGUUGGCUUGCAGCUUCGCUUACUACGUGUUGCCGGGCUACUUAUUCCAAAUGCUGACGUCACUGUCGUGGUUGUGUUGGGCCUUUCCGGGCUCGGUCUUGGCCCAACAAAUGGGGUCGGGCCUUCAUGGGCUUGGGAUCGGUGCCAUUGGACUUGAUUGGUCCACUAUCUCCUCAUACCUCGGUAGCCCUCUCGCUAGUCCAUGGUUUGCCACUGCGAAUGUAGCGGCGGGUUUCGUGCUGGUGAUGUACGUAUUGACGCCGAUAUUUUACUGGAAAAACGUGUACAAGGCGAAGACGUUUCCGAUAUUCUCGAGCUCUCUAUUCACGAAGGAAGGGUCAAAGUACAACAUCACCUCCAUCAUCGACUCGAAUUUCCACCUCGACCUCCAUUCUUACGAGCUCCAAGGCCCUUUGUACAUCACCACCUUCUUCGCCAUCACCUAUGGCGUCGGCUUCGCUGCCCUCAGUGCGACCAUCGUCCACGUCGCCCUCUUCCAUGGAAGGGAGAUAUGGGAGCAGAGUAAGGCGAGUUUCAAGGAGAAGAAGAUGGAUAUACACACGAGGCUUAUGAGCAGAUACAAGCAAGUUCCCGACUGGUGGUUCUGGUCCAUACUCGUCAUCAACGUUGGAGCCACCAUCUUUGCCUGUGAGUAUUACAAAGAACAGCUUCAGUUGCCAUGGUGGGGUGUCCUCUUGGCCUGUUCCAUCGCCAUUCUCUUCACUCUCCCCAUCGGCAUCAUCACCGCCAUCACUAACCAGGCACCUGGGUUGAACAUCAUUACGGAGUAUAUAAUAGGGUAUAUAUAUCCAGGAUACCCGGUUGCUAACAUGUGCUUCAAAGUGUACGGAUACAUAAGCAUGCAGCAAGCCAUCACUUUCCUUCAAGAUUUCAAGCUCGGUCAUUACAUGAAAAUCCCACCUCGGACCAUGUUCAUGGCUCAGAUCGUCGGAACGCUUAUAUCGUGUUUGGUUUACCUCGUAACGGCUUGGUGGCUACUGGAAACCAUCCCGGAAAUCUGUGACACCACGAUCUCAAACUCGGUCUGGACAUGUCCCGGGGACAAAGUGUUCUUCGACGCGUCCGUGAUAUGGGGACUGAUCGGACCACGGAGAAUAUUCGGUGACCUAGGAACGUACCAAUCGGUGAACUGGUUCUUCCUGGUAGGAGCCAUAGCUCCAUUGCUGGUCUGGUCACUGGCCAAGAUGUUCCCAAGGCAAGAAUGGAUAAGACUAAUAAACAUGCCGGUUUUGAUAAGCGCAACGAGCAUGAUGCCACCUGCCACGGCGGUGNACUGCACGACGUGGGUAAUGGCCGGAUUCUUGUCGGGGUUUGUGGUGUUUAGGUUCAGGCCGGAUCUAUGGGUAAGGUACAAUUAUGUUCUGUCGGGAGCAUUGGACGCAGGGUUGGCGUUUAUGGGCGUUUUGAUAUAUUUGUGUUUGGGGCUUCAGAAUGUGAGUUUGGAGUGGUGGGGGAAUGAGCUUGAUGGCUGUCCUUUGGCUUCUUGCCCUACCGCGGCUGGCCUAAGCGUUGAUGGUUGCCCGCUUUAUACCUGAAAAAGAAGGAUAAGCGAUUGCAAUUGCGAUUGCGAUUCCAGACAGAUGCAACUUGGACGGAAAUGGCUAGGGAUUCGCGAUUGCGGUCGCGGUUACCAUUUGCAAGUUUGGCAAGGAUUCUAUUUUUCGGUGAUUUAUUGUUGGUACAUUGUAAAUUUGCAUGUUUAUAAUCCCAAUGAACUUUGUUUAUUCAA